AUUAGCAAAAAAACAUUUGCUGCUUUUUCCAGUCUGUAAAUAUAUAUUACUUAAUAUGAACUUUAGCCACAUCUUUUUGCUUGUUUUCAUCAUCCUGGCAAUUAACUUGCAACACUCGCAUGCCGGUUGGCUGGCGGAUAGAGCCUCGGAUAUUAAGGAGAAAUCUGAGAAGACUUUUAGAUACUUCCAAAACGCAGCACUUGAGGUCAUUGAAGUCGGCCAAAAAGCCGCGGAUGUUGCUGCCACAGCCAGGGGUCAAAAAAAGUAGAUUAUUACCAGUUUUUUCUUGAUUUGCUAAAAAUAUUUAAUAAAAUCUAUAAGUAUUUAAUGAUAAGAAACUCCAAGAUUCUAUUUUUAUUUAUGCUAACCAGUUUGUGUGAUUACAUUUUGAUGAG